AUGAGCUACUACGGCAACUACUACGGAGGCCUUGGCUAUGGCGGCUUCGGCGGUCUGGGCUAUGGUUAUGGCUGUGGAUGUGGCUAUGGCUGCGGCUACGGAGGCUACGGAUAUGGUUCUGGCUUUGGAGGCUAUGGAUUUGGUUCUGGCUACGGAGGCUACGGAUAUGGCGGCUGCCGCCCAUCUUGCUUUGGAAGAUACAGAUUCUCCAGCUUCUACUGA